AUGAAGAAAAUUUCAAUAACGCUUCUUAUCUGUAUUGUUACUUUGGUUAUUAUUCUCAAUAAUGAUUGUAUACAAGCUGCUGAAGAAGAUAAUUUCGAAGAAGACCAAUUGGAUGCACUUUCGUUUCUUGUCGACAAACGGGCUUAUAAACAAUUUAAAACCACAUGUGAAGAACACAAACGUGAAGCAAAAGCAGCAUAUGAAUUACGAUGUGAACCAUCAAUUACUCCUCGUUCUACAUCAAAUGAAUUUCUUCGUCGAAAACGUGGCAUUUUUCAUCCAGGAUUGACUGCAUGUGAAGAACAGAAACGUGAAGCUCGAGAAGAUUACGAAGAACGAUGUGAACCAUCAAUUCCAUGGCAACGAGAUCGUAACAGCAAUCGUUUUUGUCCUGAUAUUAAUGAUUGGCAUGAAUUAGAUUCAUAUGAAAUUGGAGAGGGAGGUGGUUUUGAUUUCGAUACGUUGGGAAAAUUAAUACCACAAAAUAUGAGUAUCGAAAAAAUUAUUGGAGGUGUCGUUGCUGGAAUUAUUACUGCAGGCGUUGGUGGCAAACGAAGAGCUGCACAUGCUAAUCGAUUUUUAAAACGAACUUUUUUUCAUCCCGGCGCAACCAAAUGUGAAGAACAAAAGCGUGAAGCACGAGAAGAUUACGAGGAACGAUGUGAACCAUCAUUUCCACUCUUCCGUAAUACAGGAACACGACGUUUCUGUCCGGAUAUUCAUGAUUGGAAAGAAUUUGAUAAUUAUGAAAUUGGUGAUGGAUAUGAUUCACGUGAUCCAAUGGGUGGUGACAAAAAGAAUACAGGACAUAAUAAAGAACGAAAUCAAUACGAGAGAACCAAUGAUCGAAAUCAAUACAAUAGAAACAAUGAUAGAAAUCACUAUAAUACAAUCAGUGAUAGAAAUCAAUAUAAUACAGUUAAUGAUAAAAAUAAUUAUCCAACUUCAUCUAGUACUAAUCGUAACAAUGAUUAUGAUAUGGAACAUGUCGAUUAA